CAGUGGGUACGCUCGAAGAGGUUAGCUGACUUCGUUUGUACCUGUGAAAUGACAGGGCUAUUUCAUUUCAUUUCGUACAAUUUACAGUAAGACCAUGUGAAUCAAGUAGGAAUCAGUUGUCUAAUCCAGACAACACACUAGAUCCUGCUCAGAAGAUCUCCUGUUCAACUUGGAAUCAUUAACUGGACAGGAAGCUCACCUUGGAUGAAUAUCAAGAGAAAAUGAAUCUGAAAAAGAACGAAAUGAAAGUGCUGCUUGUGCUUUCCCCUGCGAUUCUGUUCAUCUUCCUUUAUUUCGUGUACAAUUAUGACACAUACUCGGAAGAAAGAAAACUACCUCUUCCAGCAAAUCGUCAUAAUCGCAUCAACCCGCCCUACCCUCUCGUUGAGCAAAACACUGUCCAAGACACUGAACAAAAUCUACCUCCUAGCAAAGAUGGUCUGAGCGAUGUUAGUUCAGAGGAAAGGACAUCAAUCCUAGAGGGCUUGCAGUGGCCACUGCAGUACAAACCACCUUCCUCUGUCACAGAGGCCACCGAUGCAGCCAAAAGCUUCUAUGAGGUUAUCAACCUCCAGGGAAAUUAUACCAUUGGAAGCAUCGUCCGUGUUGUGCUGCUAGCAAGAGAUGGAAAAGGGACACCAAAAACCCACGGGGGUGACUUCUUCCAAGCCAAACUGUACAAUUCUGCACUCAAAGCCAGCACUUUUGGCGCGGUGACGGACAACCUCAACGGAACUUACACGGUCCAGUUCUCUCUGCUCUGGCCUGGAGAAGCCCUUGUGUCAGUUCGGCUCAUUCACUCCAGCGAGGCGGUGCAGGUCAUCAGCAGACAUCGACAGCUGGACCCAGACAAGGUGUACUUCCAUGGAUAUUUUGAGGAUGGGGCCAGGACGGAGCUGAUGGUCUGCAAUGCUCAGAGGAGCCCCUGGCUUGUUGGGGACGGCACGCAGUGCUGCUGCCAGUACAAAGACCCGGUCACGCUGGAAUCCUGGUUCUGCCGUCGGCCGCUCUCGCUGCCCUGCUGGGCGCUAACUUACCACAGUAUGGGCAAAUACCGGGCUAAGCUGUCCAGCCUUGAUUCCGCCCUUCUCCACUCAUCAAAGACAAAUAGAAUUGUGCCCGGAAAAAACUCUGUAAUCCAUGUCUUGCCCCAGGGCACAACAAUUGGAGAAACCCGCCCAGAGUGUAAGCCCGGUUUGGCCACGCCUGUGCCUGCAGGGUACUACUUCCAGGACAGCUGGACCUCCCUGCUGUGCCGUUCGCAGUCCUUCCACAGCCCACAGCUGCUGUCGGCCUGCCUGAAAGACAAGGAGGUCCACAUGAUGGGAGACUCCACCCUGCGUCAGUGGUUUGAAUACCUGGAAAGCGCUGUGCCCACCUUGAAGCGUCUGAACCUGCACACGUCUCCCAUGUCCGGGCCCCUGCAAGCCAUCGACCCGCAGAGCAACACGGUCCUCCACUGGAGGGCUCACGGACUCCCCAUACGCACGCACAAGACCCCCAUCGCAGACCUGCACUACAUCGGCCGGGAGAUCGAGAGCAUGGCGGGCGGGGAGCACACGGUCAUCGUCUUCACCAUCUGGGCGCACUUCACCACGCACCCCCUCGACAACUACAUCCGCCGCAUCAGCUCCAUACGCAGGGCGGUGCUGUCUGUGCUGCAGCGGGCGCCCCGCACCCUGGUGGUGAUAAAGUCCGCCAACACUGGCUACAAGGACGUCUACGGCAGCGACUGGUUGUCCUGGCAACUGGACCUCAUCCUCCGGGCCAUGUUCAGGAACUUGCCCGUGGUCCUAAUCGAUGUCUGGCAGAUGACGUCCUGCCACUAUUCUCCUGACAACAUCCACCCUCCAAGACCGGUGGUCAUGAACGAGGUGGACCUCUUUCUCUCUUUUGUGUGCCCCAAAUGAGAGUGAGUGAGAGAGAGUGAGUGAGAGUGAGUGAGAGAGUGAGUGAGUGAGAGUGAGUGAGAGUGAGUGAGUGUGAGUGAGAGAGUGAGUGAGAGUGAGUGAGAGUGAGUGAGUGAGAGUGAGUGAGAGUGAGUGAGAGUGAGUGUGAGUGAGUGAGAGUGAGAGAGUGAGUGAGAGUGAGUGAGAGUGAGUGAGAGUGAGUGAGUGAGAGUGAGUAGAGUGAGUGAGAGUGAGAGUGAGUGAGAGUGAGUGAGAGGUGUGUGAGAGGAGCAGUGUGAGUGUGAGAGUGAGAGAGUGUGUGAGAGUGAGAGUGAGAGAUCCAUCCACCUGCUGGGUAGAGGAAUUAACAGGCUCCCUCCCCCCAGUCCGCGGUUCCAAUCUCAGACUCCAAUCUUUGUUUUUUGUACCAUUCCUUGCAAACUCUAGAGACUAGUGUACAUGAAAAUCCCAGGAGAUCAGCAGUUUCUGAGAUACUAAAACCACCCAGUCUGCUAUCAAUAAUCAUUCCACGAUCAAAGUCACUUAGAUCACGUUUUUUCCCCAUUCUGAUGGUUGAUGUGAACAUUACCAGAGCUCCUGACCUCUGUCUGCAUGAUUGUACGCCUUGCACUGCUGCCGCACGAUUGGCUGAUUAGAUAAUCUCAUGAAUAAGUAGGUCAAAAAUAAAGUUAAACAAUACGUAAUUAAGUGAUCGGUGAGUCUAUUUAUGAGUACCAUCAUUAAUUGGACAGUGACACAUUUUUUGCUAUUUUGGUUUUGUACUCUAGCACUUUGGGCUUGAAAGGAUGCAAUGACAAUGAGGUUUAAAGGUACAAUAGGUCAUUCAGACCGGUCAUUGCAGCAACAAACUCCCUCUAACCCCAACAUGGUUUCUCCCUCUGUGGAAAUUAGAACCAAUUUUCAGCCAAUGAGUUUGAAUUAUUGUACAGCUAUACAAAGUUUUUGUACAGAGUCAACUAUUCAAAUAUUUUGAACCUGAAUGUAAGUACUAUAAACACAGGCAGAGGGUGAGUCAGUGAGGCUUUUUAAAUGGUAUGAAGGGAUUUACAAUAGUCUUGUAACAAUGUUUUAACACAGAAAUCUUACCUAUUGUACCGUUAAGUAAUGUGGGGGCUUUUUCAUGCAUAUUGGACCAAACCCCCCUCCAUUCCUCAUGUCUCAGCACGGGGAACAUGUUAGGGUGUGAUUACAUGUCAGGCAAUGCACCCACACACUGUGAUAACUUGACUUUUAGGUAUUUAUUAGACUUAUUUUUAAGACUUAUUGGUCUUCUGCUGCUGUAGCCUAUCCACUUAGAGGUUUGACACGUUGUGUGUUCAGAGAUGCUCUUCUGCAUACCACUGUUGUAAUGUGUGGUUGUGUGCCUUACUGUCACCACUCUGUCAGCUUCAGCCAGUCUGGAGCUUUUUGUUUUUGGCACCAUUAUCUGCAAAUUCUAGAAACUCUUGUGUGUAAAAAUCACAGGAGAUCAGCAGUUUCUGAGAUACUCAAACCACUCUGACACCAGUAAUCAUUCCAAGGUCAAAGUCAAUUACAAUCCCCAUUCUGACAUUUGGUCUGAACAUGUGAUAAGGGUAAAGAACACAUAUGGAGGGUCUAUUUCCUCAUACAGAACUUUUCAGAAUCAUUUGUAUCCUUGGGAAACUCCCCUCUUCAGUUCAGACCGCAGGUUUCUCAUGAGAUUCAAGUCUUUGAGAUGAGUUUGAGAUGGCCAUUGCAGAACAUGGUUGUUGUCUUUACUUAACCAAUACUGUGUGGAUUUUGCUGUAUGCUUGGAGUCCUGCUGGACAAUCUACCUACGACCAAGACACCAAGCAGAGGUAGCCAGAUUUUCCUCUUGAAAUAGUUCCCACUGGCAGCAAAACAUCAAUGACCCACUGACAUAUUUGACAUUAGGUUCAUGAUGUGCUUUUUCUUGUAUCCAUUCCAUUUUGUCGCCAAACAUAGCAGUUUGGUUUUGCCAAAGUUGGGAGUGACUUAUCGUGUGAUAAUGUCACUCCUUUGAAUGUCUCUCCAAUCGAGUCACAAUGCGAGGUUGGAACUGUUAUGUAAUAAAGGCUGAAGUUUAGGGGCAUUUUAUAUCCUUGUUUCUCUGCAAAAAGCAAGUGCAUUUCCUUGUAUGGCCAUUACUGAGACAAAGGAAAGAGAACCUUCCCUCUCAGGGAAGAAACUGCUGUAAGGUACAAUGUUUAUAUUGGUGUGGGGUCUAAAUUCAGGGCAAGAUUUUUUUGUGCCUUUUUGUAUUUUACAGAAUUAUCUUACUGCAGUGUGAUACUGUGAAUCUAUCAGGACUUGAUGCAUCUUUGUGCCGUUUUCCAAAGUUUUGUCACUGAAUUACUGUUUAGCGUUUAUUUAUGUGUACGCAUUGGAAGGAUGCUUACACAGAUAGUCCCUGACAGUUUCCACAAUGCAAAAUUUAAGUACAUCAUGGCUAUAAUCGUGUAUUCAGCAUUGGGCCAAAGCCACAGCCUUGAUGUAGAUAAAAGAAUACAGUAAUAAGGAUAAUAAUGCUCACAGAAAAGGGUAUAUGGCUUAAGCCUAUGGGGAUAGAUACACAGUCAUUCACAAUCACAAACGUAUAAGCCAUCGCCAUUUGGAAACUAAGUCAAGGUUUGUUUUCAUGACUUUUCUUUUUGUCUUCUUGUAAUGUUUUUCAUGGAUUCAUGCAUGUACUCCGUGUGUUGUGUAAUGUAACUGGUGCUACAACCACUUUUGUAAAUCAUAAAUUAUUGAGGGAAC